UCUACUGAUAAUUAUCUAUGAAUCUUGUGUGAAGAUGCUAUUCAUAUACAUGAUACUAGAUUGUUCGUAUUUCGUAUAGACGCAAGAUCGAGAGUCGAAUGUCGGGCAAGUCUGACGUAAACGAAUACUGUUGACGUCUGACGAAAACGAAGUCGAUAUCACGGAUAGCGUCGUAUAUUCUUUGGUCGAUAUCGUAACGAAAUGCACGUCUAAAGCGAAAAGCGAAAUCUAAAGUAGCUCUCAAAAUAUAUAAAUGUAAUCUAAUCUUACAUUCUUGGGUUAAAAAUAAAAAGUAAAGUCUUGUACUUAGAUAAGCAAUUUAAGUUUCGCUUUCGCGUUUCAAGCUUUUCGAUUUCUACAGGCGGCCAUUUUGAUUUUACGUUGCUAGAAUAGUUAAUAACUUUCUACAUCUCGUGUAGUUAGAGUUAAACUAUUAAUUAACUAUAAAUAAAAUAUAUAUAUUUUUAAGAUGUCUAGUUUAAGAACGAGUUAUAACCAGUUUUCGAUUAUGGUAGAAUUCAUGGAAAAACACGGGGAUUUAUCGAAGUGUCAAAAUUCACCAAGUGGACGACUGUGGACAAUGAAAAAGUGGCAAGAGUUAACAGAUAUGCUUAAUAGUCAAGGUACUGGAGAAGCUCGUAGUGAAGAAAAAUGGCGAAAAGUCUGGAGUGAUUUUAAAAAUAAUACUAAAAGAAAAUUAGCUAAAAUAACCCACUCUUUACAAGGGAGGGGUGGUAGGCCGACCACAAGCAAAUGUCUCACGGAUUUAGAGCAAAGAGCUCUAGCAAUUACUGGUAUCCUAACAACUAUUGGAUCAGCUACUGAAAGCUUUGGCAGUGCGGAAUGCACAAUAGAAGUGGAAGAAAAGAAUAUGAAUCCUACUUUUGAGAACCUCAUACUGGUUCCAACUACAACAGCCCUUGAUGGUGCAGAUUGGAAUAAUUCUGAGUCCAGUAAAGAUAAAUAUGAAGAAUCAAUACUUCCAAUGUUCACUAUAUCACCUCUAAGAAUUAAAACUUCACCGAAGUCAUCAUCUCCUCCUGAUUCUCCUCAACCGUACCUUUCACAUAAAAGAAAGAUGGAUGACAGAGAUGAUGAUGACAAUGAUUAUCUAGUUAAACAUGAACCGUCACCAAAGGAGGAAACCAGAGAGAGAGAUAGGAUGUAUGUUGAGUUAGAGAAAGAGAAGUUGUAUGCAGAGUUGGAAAGGGAAAAAAUUCGUCAGAGAGAUGUUGAGCUUCGACAACGUGAUACUGCAUUACAAUUGCAAGCUCAGUGGUUGGAAUUAGCAAGAUCAGGAUUGAAUAUUUUAGAUAAAUAUUUGAAUGACAAGAAAUAAAUGUAAGAGAAUUAAUGGCUGGAAACAAAUGUGAAAUAAAAUGUCUAGGCAAUGACAUUAAAAAGCUAUGCCUUUUAUGUUAAAGAGUGAAAUUAACAAUCGCCACCUCCUCUGAAAGUGCUAGCAGCUUUUUAAUAGAAAUACAUCCUGGGUAGAGAGGUCUUACACACAUUGAAAAGAGAUUUGGUUUUAUCCAUAGUUGUAUGAAGAAAUAUUAGAUUAAAGAUUAAAUAUUAAAUUAGACUUAUUUAUUUUUGUAAAUACAUGGAGUCAAUUCACAAUCCUAAAAAAAACUGGUUGUAAAGAUAAAAUCGUUUGGAAAACAUACGUCGUCAGCCCACUUGUAUUUAUGUAUUAUUCAUAUGAGAUAUUAUAUUAAAGUG